GGUGGCUGCUGCGAACCACCGCCCAUCAGCUGAAAAAUUCAGUCUGUUGCCUUCCGGGACGCUUAAGGGUGGCUGCCGGUGGAGGAGGAGGAGGAGGAGGAGGAAAAGGAAAAGGAAAAGGUGGAGGUCUUGAUGGUCAUUUAGAGAAAAUUUCUCAUCUUUUCUCUCUCCCAUCUGAUGAAAUUGGUCAGUGAACAGAUCAGCUAUGUCGUAUACUCCGGGAAUUGGUGGCGACCCAGCCCAAUUGGCUCAACGCAUCUCUUCUAAUAUCCAGAAGAUCACACAAUGUUCUGGGGAAAUACAAAGAUCAUUGAAUCAACUUGGAACACCUCAAGACUCACCUGAAUUGAGGCAACAACUGCAACAGAAGCAACAGUAUACAAACCAACUUGCCAAAGAAACAGAUAAGUACAUAAAAGAGUUUGGAUCUCUGCCCACAACCCCAAGUGAACAGCGUCAAAGGAAAAUACAGAAAGAUCGCCUAGUUGCUGAAUUCACAGCUUCACUAACAAAUUUCCAGAAGGUCCAAAGACAAGCUGCUGAAAAAGAGAAAGAUUUUGUUGCCAGAGUAAGAGCCAGUUCCAGGGUUUCUGGUGGUUUUCCUGAAGAUAGUUCUAAAGAGAGAAAUCUUGUAUCUUGGGAAAGUCAAACCCAACCUCAAGCUCAGCUGCAGGAUGAAGACAUUACAGAAGAUGAUCUCCACCUUAUUCAAGAGAGAGAAUCCUCUAUUAGACAACUUGAAGCUGAUAUUAUGGAUAUAAAUGAAAUAUUUAAGGAUUUAGGAAUGAUGAUUCAUGAACAAGGAGAUGUGAUAGACAGCAUAGAAGCCAAUGUAGAAAAUGCCGAGGUACAUAUCCAGCAGGCAAACCAGCAGCUAUCAAGAGCUGCGGAUUAUCAGCGCAAGUCCCGAAAAACUCUGUGCAUCAUCCUUUUUAUUGUUGUCAUUGGAUUGGUGAUUCUUGGACUCAUCCUUUGGGGAUCUCUCAAAAAAAGUUAAAAGGAGAACAGUUGUACUAUAUCAUCUAAAUUAUGUAGGAAAAUUCCUCUAAUUGUAGUUUUUAUCAUUGUAUAGUUAUUGAGUAGAUGAACACUUUGUCAUUUUUAUUUGAGGGAACAUUUCCUUUGGUUUCAAUACAAUAUUUUCUAAUAUUGAAAUGUUUUCUAAAUUUUUCUGCCAUUGUCAUAUUCUUAAAUUUAGCAGUUAACUGAAUUUUUGUCCAUAUUUAAAUUUACUGUUGGCUCGUUAUUUAAGUUGUUGACAGUUAACUUAGUUUUUGUUAUUACAAACUCUUGUAUCAUGUGUGCAUCUGUAUUGCUGUACAUGCUUGUACCUGAUUUUAUCUUGGCCCAAGGAAAAUACCUGGUUUUGAUUUUAGUUUGGGCUAAUGGAGGAAAUAUUGUCAAACAACUUUUAAAACUUGAUUAACAGAUCUCUGCAUUGCUUAGGUCAAGAUAUAAAAUGCUAACACACUCUUUCUUGGAUGAUUAAUUCUUUUGAUAACUGUAUUAACCCAGAAAAAAAUAUAUGGACACAUUUUUAAUUUGUCUCAAAGGUAUGAUGUGUAUUUAUUAAGCAUUUGCUGUAGUGUACCUGGUAAAUACCUCUACUGUGAAGAGUGGUGGUGAUUACUUAGGCUGUAUUUAACUCUUAACUCUGUUUGGAGAAGUAUAAUUUUUGUAAAUGUUUACUGUGUAUUGAAGAAAAAAAAAUUAUGAAAAUGCUGUAGCUAAUAAUUUUUGGAUUCCAGAGAGCUCAACUUUCUUUAUAACUGACUACACUGAAAACAGCGACCCAAGUUUUUUUGAUGGGUUUUUAUUUACCUUUCCUCAUAUCUGACUGGGGAUUGAUUAUUCAUGAUCAAAAUUGUCAUCAUUGACUAACACAAUGGCUAGUUUUCCCAGGUUUGUUUUGCUUUUUCUCAUUUGUGCCAUUUUUCACCAGACUUCAUUAGAAUGGGGAUUGAGUGUUUUGCCAAUGAACCCAAUAGCCUUUUUGAUCAAUCUUGUUUUAGUGCAAUUAUCUGAAAUAUUGUAAAGUGGAUUCUUUCUAUUCUGAUUCUGUGUUUUAUAAUGUUCUUGUACAGCAGUUUAACAGUGAAUGCACUGUUUACAUGGCAAGCUAUGAGACUUUAAUUGGAAACAAAAUUAAUUUAGUGAAAUAUAACUAUGCAGCCAAAAUAAAAAUAAUUUACAUUGUCUUGGAA